UUGAACAUACCACAAGUCAUAUUUCCGACUUCCGCGGUGGGGGAAAGGGGAGUUUUCGGGAAGCACAUGAACGUAGCACAACAUUACCAGCACUCCAGCGGCUGAGAACUGACAAGAUGCAGACUAUAAAGUGUGUAGUGGUGGGUGAUGGUGCUGUGGGGAAGACCUGCCUGCUCAUCUCCUACACCACCAACAAGUUUCCCUCUGAAUACGUCCCCACGGUUUUUGAUAACUAUGCAGUGACAGUCAUGAUCGGCGGGGAGCCGUACACUUUGGGACUGUUUGACACUGCAGGUCAGGAGGACUAUGACAGGCUGCGACCCCUCAGCUACCCUCAGACCGACGUCUUCCUCGUCUGUUUCUCUGUCGUAUCGCCCUCCUCUUUUGAGAACGUCAGAGAGAAGUGGGUGCCAGAGAUUUCACACCACUGCCCGCGGACGCCCUUCCUGCUGGUCGGGACUCAGGUAGAUCUGAGAGACGACAGCAACACUCUGGAGAAACUGGCCAAGAACAAACAGCGAGCCCUGACCUGUGAGAGCGGAGAGAAACUGGCCCGUGACCUCAAGGCCGUCAAAUAUGUGGAGUGUUCAGCUCUUACACAGAGGGGACUGAAGAACGUGUUUGACGAGGCCAUCCUGGCAGCUCUGGAGCCUCCAGACAACAAACCCAAGAAGCGCUGCUUCCUGCUAUAGACACCACAAGAGGAGGAGGAGGUGGACGGGGAGAAGAGAUGAACCAAGGGAGGGAGAACGGUGGGGAGGGGGAGGGUGUGAAGGUGGACGAAGUAGACACAUUUAAACAGUGCCUUCAGCCGUAGUGACUUAAUGUGGGUGUGCUGUUGGAACAGAAGGGCUCUCGACAGGCUUUAUUUUCAUCAUAGAUUCAUGUCGCUAUAAUAUGACUAACGCAUGUGAACAACACUCCUCACUAACCAGGAAACAGGGUUUUAAUUAUAGGAGGAGGCAGGUUGAGCAUUAGAGAGGUUUGAACCUUAGACGCCUUAAAGAUACAAAGAGUGGAUGGAGUCACAGUUACAGCUGAAACUGGCAGCCAUCUUCUCAAAAUGAUGACAUUUCUUAAAAUAUUCCUACUCAAGUCUUUUAAGUUUAAGAAUUAAAUAAAAUGUCUGAAAAUGAUUUUGGGGUUUGGUUAGUGUGCACCGUUGUAGCUGCCGUGUUCUGAAAUCUAUUGUGAAACUGAUGUGCUGUAGAUAUGGGUCCUGCAGAGGUUUGGAAAGCCUGGACAUGUCUGAUCAGUUGAAAAGUGACGAAAACGUUUUUGUCUGCAGUAAAAGGAAAUGGGCACUACAGUGUUAAGGUGUAUCCAUCAGCGUUUAUCACAGCUUCUUUUCCACCUCAGUCAAACCAAAAACAUCUGUCUCUUUUUUAUUUCUGGGGUUCCAUCAAGGUUUUUACUAAGAUGGAGAGACAUUCUGGAAAUAUUUGGAGAAAUAAACUGGAUGUUUUCUGGUCUUGAUGAGUUUGAAAGUGGCGACACACAUUUUCCACUGGAAAGACAUUGAAAGAUAGUGUUGCAUUGUCGCAGUAUUUGUACAACUAUGAACUUUUGUGGAUUUAGAUCUCUGCCAGGCAAAUUUUGAGGAGCAGGAUGACUUCUUCAAUCAUACCAAGAUCAAAUCAACAUAAUUAAGUUCUUGGAAAAACCUUUUGAAAUUGAGCCUACAGUUACAUUGUCACACUUAUAACUGAUAAAAAUGUGUCUGAACUCACAGUAAAGAUAGAAAAAUGAUUCUUUAAAACAUAAAAUAUACAGAAACCUGGGUCCAAAAUCAGUAUAAUUUUAAUCUCGGGUGCAGCAGGUUGCAUUUUUAAAAUAAAAUCUAGUAACAAAAAUAUGAUGCAACAUUAAUGGUGUUUUCUACCAGACACCAAUCUGAUUAAAACAAAGAAGAGGAGCAAAAAUAAACAACACAUUCCUCGAGCAAAAAUAAUGCUGUUUUUAAUUUAAAGAGACAGACGUAAAAACAUGACCCAGUUGGCGAGCAACAUUCCCUGCAGCUCAGUGGACCAUCAGGGGCUCAACAGUCUUGUUUACUGGUGGAUUUCGAGAGUGUUGUUGCUGGAAAAAAACACACAAGUGAUGACUGUAACCUGACUUUAUCCAUAUGAGUAGAAAGAGAUUCAGAUUACUUAGAACAGAACUGGCAAAUUAGAGUUUCAGUAGAUCUUUACUGACUUCUGCUUUGCAGUCUAAAAGACAAUAUACACACACAUGUACAUGCAGUAGCUAAUAAUGCCAACAUGCAUAUUUGCAGUAAUUUGCUACCAUGUGAAAACGAUGCUUUCCAAAAAUGUAAUUUGUUCAGAAAUAAAUCAUUCAAACCUUUUAUUUGGAACAGAUAUCGUUUCACAAGACAGAUGGUGAAACACUUUUCUCGAGCCAUCUGGCAACAUGAAAAACAUGGAGUUAUCACCACAUUUGGACGUAAUAAUAUCUUUUAUUGUCAUUAUGACCUUGUCUUUUCAAGUCCUUUCUCUGCAGUCACGCUGCAUUUCCCUCUCCUGCCGUCUCAAUGUGGACACGUCACAUCCUGAACCAAACACUCCACAAUCAGAGGAGAUUCUUUAAUUUUUAACUCCAUACCACCUAAUAUAAAGUAUUAGAGAAUUUUAAUAUCAGUAAAUCAAUGCUACAUUAAUUUUGAGACAUCAUGUUUUCUGCAAACGAUCGGAUUGUCUGCCUCAACGCUGCAUUUUCAACAGGGAAGAAAACAGAGCUAAGGCUGCUGAUAAACGAGUGAAAGCCCAGGAUUAGGUUUUUAAUUAGGUUAUAAUUGAAUGUUAUUUUGAAAAAUGUGGGCUAACUUCCACUGACGUGAGAUGGAGGCCACCAGCCGUCUCAGCUGUGAUCCAAGUGGUUUACAGUAAUUAAACCCAAGAAUCCCAGUUAAAAAGGACAUCGCUAGAGGGCAUUGCCAUAUUCCUAUUAAGACAUCGUUGAUAAAAGUAGUAAUACAAAAAACCUAGAAACGCCUUAAUUUUUACUGCAGCAUCAAUGCCAGACUUCACCUCAUUUGUUGAGUUUUUUGUGUGUAUUGUAACCUCCAGCUGGCACAGCAGUUGACAGUAAAUGCCUUAAAAUAUUUCUUUCUUCUCAAGAACAUGCUGCCUUAUUGCUUUUUUGCCUUAAAUCUGUUCGUUCACAUGUUUUUCACUUUCUGGCUGAGCCAAGAUGUCAGGAGAUUUUAUAUUAGGGUCGGCGUCGGAUUAUUGACUUAAAAUGCCCUUCUUCUUCACGUCUUCCUAAUAUUUGUCAACAAAUAAAAAAUGGUGACGAUGAAAACGGUGAAGACAACCAUAAAAGGAAAGCUUAUUGGUUUUCUUGUUGACUGUUAGACGAGAAGAUCAACACCACUCUUAUAUCUCUACGCUAAAUAGAAAGCUACAGCCAGCAGUUGGGUUAGCUUAGCUUACCACAAAGGCUAAAAAUCGGGGGGAAACAGCUAGCCUGGCUCUAUCUUAAAAAAAUCCAAAUUGUUUAGUUUUUACGCUUCGGUUUUUGCACAGAUUAAACAAACAAGAUAUAAUGUGUUAAUUAGUGAACUUUAAAGGUGCUGGAAGGUGGUUUUCUUUACUUUUGGGCAGAGCCUGGCUAGCUGUUUUCCCCUAUUUCCAGUCUUUAUGCUAAGCUAAGGUGGGCAUCUUAUCUCAUGGCCUCAGUUUCCCAGCAGUGCUCUUACCUUAGCAAAACAACAUCGAAAACGAAGCCAACACUGUAAAAAAAAAACAAAAUUUUUUGAUGACGCAGAGCUAAAUGUCAACAGCACACCUGUUGCAACUCUUCUUAUUGACUCUCUUCUUAAAAACAACAAAGUUUCACUUUCCACUGUCGGGGUUGGGUAGUAAAUUAAAAGGCCUUAAGCUUUUACUUCAGAAAAUGAUUUAUCCCAUAGCCUCUGUAGAUUAAAUCUUUUAACAGUGUUAAAUGGGAUCCAAACUUUCUGCUUUGCUCUCCUCCUGGCCUGACUGGAACCUCAAGUGCUCGUUGAUGUGUUAGCGCCUCCCAGAGGCCUUAAAGGGGAAUACCGCUUAGUUUAAAGGUUCAUCUGUGUUGUUACUUUGGCCCGCAGCAGACUAAUCAGUGUUUGUGGGCAUCAGAAAAUCUCAACUGAACACCAGAAAUCUGCUAAUUUAGACUUGAACCUAUAAUAUCAUCAGUUAUACCAUUAGGCAUCUUCAAGCAGCUUCACAGACAAUGAGUUUUAGAGUUACACUGAACCAUUGUUUGAGGAGUUUUGUCCAAAUUUGCUUUGUUUUCUUUGAGCUUUGAGUCUUUUCCAAGUCAUCUGUUGGAAUUCACUCUCUUUGACUUUACACUCUUCAUUUUAGCUCACUGCUAAAUUAUAUGUAACAAGCAAUAACGGUUCACUAACUGGGGAUCAGAGGACUAGUGUUUCUGUUUAAGGUGGAAUAAUUGAUGAUAUAUUUUGUAUAACAUAUUAUAGUUUCUGGUAAUACUGAUCGUCCUGGGCCAAAGGGAUGACAAUUGAAAUUCAUAAACUGAGGUUAUUCUCCAUUAAAAUGAACUAAAAUUCCACUUUUUUCCGCUGUUUUUUUUUCCACUGUUUUGGAGAUUUAUUCUGAUAAUGUAUGGAUUAUUACAAGUAUUAUAUAUAUUUUUCUUUGUUCCUUGUUGUUUCUUGGGGAACAUUAUUUUAACACUUGAGUUUUAAUUUCUUUUCUUUUUAGAUAUUUGUACUAUUUCUUGACAGUUGAGUGCCAACGGUUUGAGAGAAAAUCACCGGCCUGGUUUGACAAACUAAACGAUCCGCAUAAUAAGCUUCUAAUGACAGAAAAUAAAAGGCAACAUAAUAACAGCUGGAGCAAUAAUUACAGAUGUGGGAAAACUGCUCUGUAUCGAAAGAUUAAUGUUGGAACUGGUGGGUGUUUGGAAAAAAUAAAAACAGUACUUGAA